AUGUUCCUGGCUGCCAGGUUAAAAAAUGUAAUGUUGCCAGAUGAUUCUAUUCUAAUGAAACAACCUAGGGGCACUACUGCCCAUUGUAUAUCCAAAGUGUUAGAUACAGACAUAGUUGCUGUCAUAUGGAAAGAUACAAAAAUUGUAAGUUUGCUGUCGACAUUUACUGCUAUAGACCCAGUUGUAAAAGUAAGUAGGUUUGACAGAAAACAAAAAAAAAGAAUUGAGGUUGACUGUCCAAAUAUAAUACAAGUCUAUAACAGACACAUGGGUGGUGUUGAUUUACUAGAUGGCUUACUUGGGCGUCAUAAGAUAAAGAUGAGGAGUAGAAAAUGGUACAUGAGGGUUUUCCACCAUUUAUUGGAUGUAACUGUAGUAAAUUCUUGGCUUCUACAUAAAAGAAUUCAGAAACAGAAAGGAAAUAAUAGUGUGCUAUCAUUGGUAAAGUUUAGGGAACAACUUGCUUUAUCUCUCUGCAAAAUUGGUACCUAUACCCCAAAACGUGGACGUCCCACCAAUGAUGUACAAGAAGGAAUUAUAAAAAAAGGUAAAAUGGGCACUAAAAUAGGACAGCAUGCACCCCCAAAAGAGGUGAGAACUGAUAAAUUAGAUCAUUGGCCAAUUGAAAGUGAAAAAAAAACUAGAUGUAAGAAUCCAGGUUGCAAAGGUUUUACUUUUAUGAUGUGUGGAAAAUGUCAAAUAAGUUUAUGUUGUGGCAAAGGACUAACUUGUUUCACCAAAUGGCAUACAACAUAA